CCCUCUAAUGGCUUUGCCCUGGAAGAAGCACGUCCCAACUCUAGCCUGAAGCAGCUCUCCCCAGGAUGAGAAAUGCUGCCCUCCUCAUGGCCAGGGCAACAAGCCUUCGCCUCAGCCUGUUCCUUCUGCUCUCCUUCCUGCCGGACCUGGACCAAGGAGUGAGAGCCAAGGAACUAAGGUUUGUGACAUUGGUUUUUAGGCAUGGAGACCGAAGUCCUAUUGAAACCUUUCCUAACGAUCCCAUUAAGGAAUCCUCAUGGCCACAGGGAUUUGGCCAACUCACUCAGUUGGGCAUGGCACAGCAUUAUGAACUUGGAGAGUAUAUAAGGAAACGUUAUGAAAACUUUUUGAAUGAAUCUUAUAAACAUGAACAGGUUCAUGUUCGAAGCACGGAUAUUGACCGGACUUUGAUGAGUGCUAUGACAAACCUUGCAGCCCUAUUUCCCCCAGAGGGUAUCAGCAUUUGGAAUCCCAGCCUACCCUGGCAGCCCAUCCCAGUGCACACAGUCCCUGUUUCUGAAGAUCAGUUGCUAUACCUACCUUUCAGGAACUGCCCUCGUUUUCAAGAACUUCAGAGUGAGACUUUGAUAUCAGAAGAAUUCCAGAAGAGGCUACAUCCUUACAAGGAUUUUAUAGAAGUCUUGCCAAAACUUACAGGAUACCAUGACCAGGAUCUUCUUGGAAUUUGGAGUAAAGUCUACGACCCUUUAUUUUGUGAGGGCAUUCAUAAUUUCACUUUACCCUCCUGGGCAACAGAGGACACCAUGACUAAGUUGAAAGAAAUAUCAGAAUUGUCCCUUCUGUCCCUCUAUGGAAUUCAUAAGCAGAAAGAAAAAUCUAGAUUGCAGGGGGGUGUCCUGAUCAAUGAAAUCCUCAAUCACAUGAAGAGUGCAACUCAGCCAUCAAACCACAGAAAACUCAUUAUGUAUUCUGCACAUGACACUACUGUGAGUGCCCUGCAGAUGGCGCUAGAUGUUUACAACGGAAUCCUCCCUCCCUAUGCGUCCUGCCACAUGAUGGAAUUGUACUUCCAGGAGGGUUCUAAGGAUCAUCCUUGCCAUCAUCUUUUGCCUGGUGUCUGGUGUCCUAAUGGUGCUGCUGUUUAUCCUCAUCCGCCAUGGGCCCUGCUGGCAGAGAGACUCCUAUGGAAACAUAUGAACAGAUGGCUGAAUAAGAGCAGACAUGCCAGGCCAACCCCCUGUGAUGCAGCAUUCAGAGGACAGGCUUCCACACUGUGGGCAUUGUGCUGCCCUUUGAAUUUGCCUAGAGAAGAGUCUGAAUUCACAGCAACUCAGGGACAGCCACCCGAUGCAUUGAUGAAUUAACACCCAGAUUACUUAGGUCUUCUCAUUGUUGAACUCAUCCUGGUACAGGCUUCUCAUUCAGCUAGAAGGAAAUACUUCUGCAACAGAUAAUUGUAUUCUCUGGCACCAAUGUCCAGAGUAAAAUAAGAAGUGAAACUCCAAUCAGCAUUUUGCCUCCAAAGAGCAAAAAAUUACAAGGGAUGACAAAGACACAGAUUAAAGAUUUGAUAAUG